CAGAUGUGGUUAUAACAUGUGGAUUUAUUUAUAGGCUUAAGUUUGUUUAUUGACAAUAGCGUUGUUGUGGCCAACAUUGCUAGAUAAUUGAGAAUUACGAUUUUUGAAUUUCGUGCGAUUCUUAUAAUUUUUCAACUUUGUCGGGCAGAAAAUGCCACCCAUAAAACUUAAAAAAGUUGUCAGUGUUUCCAGUGAAGAUUCCAACCACCAAGCUGAAAAUCUACUCGACUAUGGCUUCAGGACAAAAUGGAAGUGCAAGAGCGCUUCGGACAAGGAGAUCAGCGUAGUUAUCGAGUUGGAAAAACCGAGCAAGAUCCUCUCCGUGGACAUUUGCAACGAAAACUCCGCUUUCAUCGAGAUCCUAGUUGGCAGGUCCGAAAGCCCGGCCGAUUUCGAAGUCCUUCUCAAAAAGUCGACCCUAAUGACCGCCGAAGACGCCAAAACGGGCAAGGGAGUAAAUAACAACAAAUACUUCACCAGCGAUGCACUCUGUACAAAAAUACGCGACGAACGUUGGGAUCUUGUCAAACUGGUCUGCUCACAGCCCUAUCUCAGCACCCAGUAUGGUCUUUCAUUUGUCGUUUUCAGUGAUUAAAUAAAUUCGAAUGUACAUUCGGAUGGGUUCUCUUUCUCAA